CGAGACGCCAUUCUACUUUACUGUCUCCUCCAUAGACAUUAAAACUCUCAUCAUACAUUUUCUUCUCCUCCACCUGUCUUAUUCGAGCGAGAGGUUUCCGCCUUUACUUCUUCUCUGGUGGGUGGAGUCGGUCACCUGAACCACAAGUUAUGAGCCAGCCGCACAGAGGGCAAAGGGGGAGAAACGGUGGUCUCCACGAGCAUCGGGAACACAGGCCACGACGGGAGCUGCAGCACAAUGCUAGACAACCAUCAAGCGACAGGUCCUCUUCUCAGCCUCCAUAUUACAGGGACUCCACACCCCCUCUUAAACAUGUGCGGCACCGAGAAGCCCCAGAAGAGGAUCAUAAUGGGUCCAAAUGCACCAAUAUCUGUUCUAGGAGAGGUAUCGUGUUGAUCUGUUCAGUCCUGACCAAUGCCCUGGUCCUGAUCUGUGUGGUGGCAGCUCAGAUGGUGAUGUCAGGCAUGUCUGCUAUGGGUGGCCUGGCGGGAGGCAGCUUCAACCUUAACACUAACAUCCCCUUCGAGGGCCAAGAGCUGCAACAGGUGAGAGACCUGGACAUGCAGUACAGCCAGAUGAGAGCUCCGGGAAUCUACGGGGGUGUGGCAUUUGCCCUAGUCUUCGGUGUUGUCUCCCUCUUGUUCGUGGUCUCUGGGAACAAGCCCGCUCACCUGCUGGGCCAGAAGCUGCUGAUGGGAGCAUUGGUGUUCCAGGGUUUGGGAGCAGUACUCUACGUGGUGGCUGUGGGGUUGUACCUCCACUUUGUCAUCCAGGUAAACAGUACAGAUGUGUGUAAGAGAAGGGAGAGGCUCUAUGCACGUUCAGGUUUAACCUGGAUGAACUGUGAUGUGGGAGGAGCAGACGCGGCCGUGGCUUUGUUCGGGCUGAUCACUGCGAUACUCUACACUGCCGGUACAGUGCUUACGUUCCACACGGUGCGCUGGGUCAGGGGCUACCUGAAGGAUCGCAGGCUACACGAGGAGAGAGAUAGACGACCCCCUACUGCCAGUUCCCACCCCCAUAGGGCACCACUACGGUCUGAUACCGCUCUGUGACGGAGACGCAGGUUGGGCCUCAAAUGGCUCCCUAUUCUCUAUAGAGUACACUACUUUUGAUCAGGGCCCAUAGGGCUCUGGUCACAAUAAAUAGAUUGUAGGAAAUCGGUUGCCAUUUGGGACGACACCACAGAUGAAACCCGGAAGGGACCAAAGUGCUUUUUCACUCGAUCCCUUUUCAUUAAAACUGUCUGUCCAUUUGACAGUAAUGGGACUUGCAACUACCCACUGGGCAAAGAUGUCAGUUCAACAUCUAGUUUUGAUUUACUUUUGAGUUGUCAACAGUUAAAUCAACAAAAAUGUGAACCAUUUAGGUUUAAAGUAGGGUGGAAAAAAGACAUCUCUCUAACUUUUUGCAAAUCCAGUAAGUUUGAUGUUUUGUUGAAAUGACAUGGAAAACAAUGUUGAUUCACCCAGUUUGUGCCCAGUGGGUAAGGCGUUUGCUCUGUAAACUUCUGUAAAGCAUGGAUUUGAUAUUAAUUCCUUUUUAACUGCAACAUGAAUGACCCACUGAUCUCACAGACAGAUCUUGUUAUUCAUCAAUAAAACUUUUGUAUGUAUGCAUGUGUAUAUAGAGGUUGCAUGUAAAUAAACCUUUACAUUUAUCUGCCA